AUGUCUCAAACAGCACUGGUAUUCGACUCCCCCAUCCCAUCCUCAGCAUGGACCGCACAUCCCAUUCUCGAAUUCCUCGCCAACUACCAACAAGUCUACAACUCCGACUUCAUAGCCAUCAGAUCGGAGCGGUUCUAUAGCAAACACUGUCUCAUGCAUCUACCCGACGCCUCUCAAAUAACCGGCAACGAAGAUAUGUGGGACUUCUUCAAUCUUGUUUACGGAGGCUAUGGCAAAGUCACUCGAAACUUACUAUCGUUGAUUCUCGUUCCGGAUGGUAAUAUAGAGCGAACGGGAAAGGUGUAUAUCCAGGUUCACACCAGGUUGUUUUACGAUGCAUCUGAUGAUCCCAAGUCGAUUCUGGUGCCGCAGAGUUUCGUAUAUACUGUUGGCAAGGCUGAUAAGGGUGUGGGGACGGAUGACCUGCAGUUCGUGGAGCUGCGCUGUUAUUAUGACAUGUCUUUGGUGAAGAAGGCUGCAUCUUUGCGCGAUGCCCGGCAUGGACAGAGUUGA